AGGAAAGUUGAUCUACCGUUCCUGUUGGGAUUUUUCAUCUUGUAAACUGACUUUAAUUUCGGGUAUUUAAUCUUUGUUCGUGGGCCAAAAAAGAAAAGCUUGCCCUUCUCUACGCUUUUUGUUCUUUUCAGCCUUCGUCACCUAAAAAUGAAAAGAAAUGGAAAUGGAAAGCCCAUGAGUAUUUUCAGGAUUCCAACUGAUUUAUUAGAAAAUCUCCAGCCUAUAGCUCAGACUGUCGUCCAUUCAACAGACACGGAUAAAGAACAGGAUGAAGCUCACAUUACAGCCAAAGCUUUAGCGCGUUUACAACUGCAGCAAGAGCGAUUAGCAAACAACAACAGCAGUAGUAGUGGUAGCGGCGCCGAAAACUCAAGUGGAGGAGAAGCAGAGUUGACCUGUUUGACCUGUCGUGCCACUUUUUCCGAUCGACAAGAACAAAAGCUACAUUUCAAUACGGAUUGGCAUAGAUAUAACAUUAAAAGAAAACUCGUGUUAAAGGUGGAUCCAGUGACGUACGAGGAAUUUGAGAUUUUAUUGGCAGAUUUAAGUGAGAGUAUAUCUGGUUCAGAAGAUAGUGAGGAGGAGGAAGAGGAAGAGGAGGAAAAUGGUAUUGGACGAGAGCAACCACGAGAUGAAGACAGUAAAACAACUCUGAAUAGUAAAAGCAAUACACUCGACUCUCUUAUCUACAGAGAAAAGGAGGAGCAAGAACAAAACGAGCAGUUCAAAAAGGAUGCAAACCAGGUGGUGAUGCCCCAUAUGAGAAAGUAUUCUUCUUUGACUUGGUUCAAGGAAAAAGAGCCAGCAGACCAAGCCUCAUCGUCUUUCACUCUUCAUUAUGGCAUCUAUCGUCGUCUGCUUGUAUCCCCCACCAACCCUAUGACAUCGUUACAACAACUCAGUCAACAUCAACAAUGGACCAUUAUUAUGUUGGGUGGUGGUCAUUUUGCUGGUUGCGUUAUUGAUGUACCCUCUACAGAAAAAAAGCGUGCUCAAGUCAUUUAUCCUUCCGAAGAAGGGGGUGUUAUUAAAUUUAUUGCUCAUAGAACGUUUCAUCGCUACACAACACGUCGUAAACAAGGUGGAUCACAAUCAGCCAAUGAUAAUGCGAAAGGAGCAGCGAAUUCAGCGGGUGCUCAGAUACGUCGAUACAAUGAACAAGCAUUGCAACAAGAGGUGAGAGAAGUACUUGGUCAAUGGCAGCAUCUGAUUAUGAAUAGUCAGAUGGUUUUUGUUCAUGCACCGAGUGGAAAUCGUAAAUUGGUGUUUAAUUAUGAAGGGGCUGUAUUAGAUAGAGUAGGGGAUCGUUUGAAUACCAUUCCUUUUGCCACGCGUCGACCGACUUUGAAUGAAUUAAAACGUGUCUAUUUUGAGUUGUCAACAUUAAAGACGAUGGAUGUGGAUGAACAAGCGCUACAUGACUUUAAGCAGAAAUGGAUAGAAAAAGAAGAAAAAGCCAAGAAACAGUUGGAAAAAUCAGUAAUGAACAAAAGCAAUAGCCAACAGCCAAAUAAAGCAGCAGCAGCAGAAACAGACAGUAGUUUAAAAAAGCUUUUAAAUCUUUUGAAGCAAAACAAAACAGCAGUGACGUUGGCUUUUAUUGAGAAGAAUGAAAAAGAUCUGCCGUUGUCCGGACCUUUACCGGUAGAUCAGUUGGGUGAUAAGGCAGAUGUGUAUCAUUAUCCCACGUUACUACAUAUGGUGGCCAGUAUGGGUAACGGCGCAGGUGAAUUAAUCAAAGAACUGCUCAUUCGUUAUGAUGCGGAUCCAACCAUUGUCAGCGAUGCAGGCAAAACAGCGUACGAAGUGUGUAAAGAUAAAGAAGCUCGAAACGCAUUUAGACGAUGCAUGUGCGAUUACCCCGAUAAAUGGGAUUGGUUAGAAAAAGGACGUGUGCCUAGCCCAUUAACGGAGAAACAAGAACAAGAACAAUUGGCAAAAGAGAAAAAGAGAUUAGAAAAAGAAAAGGAAAGGAAACGGUUAAUGGAAUUAGAACAAGCUCGAUUGGAAGCCGAGCGUGAAGCAAAAGAGAAAGAAGAUCAAAUGAGAAAACAGCAACAACAGCAGCAAAUAAUAAAUCAAAAGGCAAGAUUUGCCUCAACCGCUCGAAAAUUGGGCAGUGGUAAUAAUAGUAGUAGCAGUAGUUUGAAUGAUACUUUACAGAUGAGCCCAGAAGCACGUAUGCGCUUAGAAAGAGAGAAACGGGCAAGAGCUGCAGAGGAAAGAAUGAAGAGAUUACAACAGCAGAAAUAAUCUAUCUGUAUAUAUAUCCCAGCAUACCAUUCCAAUUUUUUGUAAAUAUAGUCCUCCCUCAAUAAAUUUAAUUUAUUGCAAAUGCUGAAAUCAAAACUUUUUGCUUAACAUGAGUGUUACCAUGUGGAA